CAUGACAAUAUGGAUCGUCUAAAGCGACAUUCGUCGGCUGCUGAUGAAGCUAUAAUGAUGAUCAAGAUUGUUAUCUUUGUUUCCUUGAGUAUAUUUGCCAUUCAGCUUGGUUUUCACUUCUCUCUGUUGUUGAUCUGGAAGUUUAUGCAUACAAGUAUCGUGCCAUGUCUUAUGUCGACUAAAAUAAGAGCCAUCUUGUUGAGGAGUGCAUGUAUCUUGGUCGCCCUAAUGCCGAUUACUCAAAAGAUUAUCGCAAGAGCUAUAGCGGGGAGUGCACGUAUCCUGGUCGCCCUUAGGGCGAUUGUCACAGACACUAUCGGAAGAGUUAUUGUGUGGAGUAAACGUACCCUGGUCGCCCUUUCGUCGACUGCUGCGGUGAUAAUCUCAAGAGCUAUUGAGCUUACCCUGGUCGCCCUUAGGCCGAUUGUAGCACAGUUUAUCGUAAGAGUUAAAGUGUGGAGUAAACGUAUCCUGGUCGCCCUUAGGACGAUUAUCGAAGAGACUAUCGUAAGAGUUAUUGGGUGGAGUUCACGUAAACUGGUCGCCUUCUCAAAAACCAACGAUGCUUCAAAUCAACACCAGCGAAGAAAUUUUAAGUGGGAAAGAGGUACUGACUGUCUGACUCAGUUACUAACUGACAGGCCCAGAUGA